GAAGGCAUCUCCUGUGAAGUGGAUUGCUAGGCAUUUAAAUCCGAGGUUUUCUGGGAGCAUGAGCACACGCCAUGGGCAAAUAUCUGAGCCCAAAGCUCGUCGGUGGUACGAGCAGUUAAAAGCCACCAAGGUCCAGGAGGUUGGCUUGGUUGUCAGGCCAGAAACAUCAUGGUUGGGGGCAAGCCCUGAUGGCGUAAUUGCUGACUCGCCAACAAUUAUCGAGAUAAAGUGCCCCACUCCCCAGACUUUGGAGAAGCAUGGGAGCCUUAAGGAACUUUUCAACAGUGGACAGUAUGAUGUCAUCAGCGUAGACGGCACACUGAGUCUAAGCAAGAAGGGGAAGAACAAAUAUUAUUUUCAGGUGCAGCUCCAGAUGUACUGCUGUCAAAAGGAGCGUUGCGACUUUGUCGUAUGGUCACCAGGGGAGGCCUAUGUUGUUGAGGUGCUCUACGACAAAGAGUUCCUAGAAACAUAUGUUCCGCAGUUGGAGCACUUUUAUUUUGCUCACCUGCUGCCUGCUCUCACUGACAGGGCUCAGUGA